AUGGCUCGCCACGGGGAUACUCGCUCACCAUCACCUGUAGGCAGCACAUAUUCUUCAUCCAGACGGAGUCGCAGAGAUGAUGAUCGGUAUGAGAAGAGUAGGCGAGAGGAUGGGAGGGGUCACCGCAGAUCUCGCAGUCCCGAGAGGCGAUACCGUGACCGUGACCGUGACCGCGAAUCGUACCGGCGACGUGACCGCUCGUUAGACAGACGAGACGAUUAUCGAAAUGAUGGUGGCUAUCGAUCUAAUCGGAGAGAUCGUUCUCGCGAUCGACGCCGGUCUAGAGAUAGAGGCGAUGACCGGGAUCAUCGCCGUAGAAGUCGCGACAGGGAUUAUCGAAGCAGGCGAGAUGACUCCCGCGACAAGGCUCGGAGACGGACAGACGAUUCUGCUGACUUGAAGCACAAGUCUAGAAGGGAUGAUAGUCGCACUAGAGAUUUGGACUCCAAGUCGAGAGACACUUCUAAGCCAUCUACUCCUGCGCCGGCCGCUCAAACGGAAGACGAAAAGAGAGCCGAAAGACUGGCCAAAUUGGAGGCAUGGAAACAAAAGCAAGCAGCUGAGAAAGAGCGAAAGCAGCGAGAGGCCGCUGCUGCUGGUGGAGCACGAAGCAUUCUCGAAGAGAUCGAUCGAAAGUCCGGCCUGUCGCCUGCUGUUGGCUCCCCCAAGUCUCCCGUAACGCCAACCACGGAUGCCACGCCUGCUCCGUAUGCUGGGAAGUUUGAUCCAAAGGCUAUCAAGCGCAAUGCAGCACCAACCCCUAGCGCACCUUUAGUAUUAGGAAACGAUGUCGCUGUUCCCCAGAUUGCCAAAGCGUCCGCUACCUUUUCCUCCAUGAAUAAUCAUGCGCAAGCUAACAAACCAGCAGCUGCCUUAAGCACAGCUCCAUCUACGUUGAAAUCCAAGCGUAAUGUCGGGGGCUUCGGACUAGGAGCGAAGCAAGUUGCGGAUGCAGAAAAGCCUUCUGCAGUCAAGACCUUGGGAUUCGGCGAAGAGGAAUCGACGCGGAAGAAGCUGGAGCGUCUGCCUACCCCACCAUUGGAGGAUGGUAAAGAUGAGACUGUUGCCGCAGAUAUGGGCGCAGAGGAUGAGGACGACGACAUGCAGGACGGCGAGACUGAAGAGGAAAAUGCGGCUGCUGCACGAGCUGCUGCAGAGCGGCGUGAGGAGCGCUUGCAGAACGAAGCGCUACGGGCUCAGUCCAGCGAAAAGGUGCCACAAACGAAUGGCGAUGUCGAGAUGAAUGAUGCGCCCAUCCAAGCAGAAGCCGAAAACAUGGAAGUCGAUGUGGAAGAAGAAGAUGUCGAUCCGCUGGAUGCUUUCAUGUCGGAACUGGCGGAAUCUGCUCCUCCCAAGAAGACGUUUGGUACUAAAUUCUCAAAGGCAAAGGAGCAACAGCCGGAAGCCAUGUUCGGUGACGAAAACGACGUUGAUCUGACCGCAGUGGGCGAGGGCGAUGCGGACGAUUUCCUCGCAAUCGCCAAUAAAGCGAAGAAGAAGAAGGAUAUUCCAACCGUCAACCAUGAAAAGGUGGAGUAUGAGCCGUUCCGGAAGAAGUUCUACACCGAGCCUUCCAACCUAGCGCAGAUGACCGAUGAAGAAGCUGCCAGCUUACGCUUGGAACUCGAUGGGAUCAAAGUGCGUGGCGUGGAUGUGCCAAAGCCGGUACAGAAAUGGUCUCAGUGUGGGCUGGGUGUGCAGGCUCUGGACGUGAUUGAAAGGCUUGGUUAUGAGAGUCCCACGUCUAUCCAGUCACAGGCCAUUCCUGCUAUCAUGUCUGGUCGUGAUGUGAUCGGCGUGGCGAAGACUGGAUCGGGUAAAACAGUUGCAUUCUUGAUUCCCAUGUUCCGACACAUCAAAGACCAGCGGCCACUGGACAACAUGGAAGGGCCCAUCGGCCUCAUCAUGACACCGACACGUGAGUUAGCAACUCAGAUCCACAAAGACUGCAAGCCCUUCCUCAAAGCUUUGAACUUGCGGGCCGUAUGUGCGUAUGGCGGUGCCCCCAUUAAAGACCAAAUCGCAGACCUGAAGCGUGGUGCCGAGAUCGUCGUAUGUACUCCCGGGCGGAUGAUUGACCUCCUAGCGGCAAAUGCGGGCAGGGUCACCAAUCUUCGCAGAGUUACUUACGUCGUUCUGGAUGAAGCUGAUCGCAUGUUCGACAUGGGUUUCGAACCCCAAGUGAUGAAAAUCAUGGCGAACAUCAGACCUGAUCGGCAAACCGUGCUAUUUUCGGCCACUUUCCCGCGGAACAUGGAGGCCUUGGCACGUAAAGCAUUAACCAAGCCAAUUGAAAUCAUCGUUGGAGGUCGGAGUGUUGUUGCGCCGGAGAUUACACAAAUUGUCGAGGUUCGGAACGAGGACACCAAGUUCGUGCGACUUCUGGAGAUCUUGGGCAACUUAUACUCCGAUGACGCCAAUGAGGAUGCUCGUUCAUUGAUCUUUGUGGAGCGUCAGGAAGCUGCUGAUGCUCUCCUUCGCGAACUGAUGCGCAAGGGCUACCCUUGCAUGUCCAUCCACGGAGGCAAGGAUCAGAUCGAUCGAGAUUCUACUAUCGAAGAUUUCAAGGCUGGUAUUUUCCCUGUUCUGAUUGCCACAUCUGUCGCGGCCCGUGGUUUAGAUGUGAAGCAAUUGAAGCUGGUGGUCAACUACGAUGCGCCAAACCAUUUAGAAGAUUACGUCCACAGAGCUGGCCGAACCGGUCGUGCUGGUAACACCGGUACUGCAGUGACAUUCCUGACGGAAGAGCAGGAACGUUACUCGGUGGAUAUUGCCAAGGCUCUGAAGCAGAGUGGGCAGCAAGUGCCCGAGCCUGUCCAAAAGAUGGUCGACUCCUUCUUGGAGAAGGUCAAGGCUGGCAAGGAGAAGGCCAGUGCGUCAGGGUUUGGAGGUAAAGGCUUGGAGCGCCUCGACCAGGAGCGAGAUGCGGCUCGGAACCGGGAACGGCGCACCUACAAGACCGGCGAGGAGGGUGAAGAUGAGGAAGAGAAGGAAGACAAGGCCGAAAAGGCAGACGAGCGAUUCAACAAGGCCUUGUCCUCGGUGCAGUCUGCUGCUGCGGCCGCCCCCACUCUGCCCGGCGUCCCCAAGGGCAUUGAUCUUGAUGGCAAGAUUACUGUGCACAGGACUGAGAAGGAUCCGGCGGGCACGUCGAAGAAUCCUUUAGACAAGGUUGGCUCGGCUGUUGCUGACAUCCAUGCUCGUCUUAGCCGAGCUGGUGUCAUGCGGUCAGGUGUACCGAUCGACAACCGUGGUCCGGAUGCGGGAGCGUACCACGCUACCCUGGAGAUCAACGAUUUUCCCCAAAAAGCUCGCUGGGCAGUCACCAACCGGACGAAUGUGGCCAAGAUUCUCGAGGCUACUGGCACAUCGAUUACCACGAAGGGCAGUUUUUACCCUCCUGGCAAGGUACCCGGUCCGAACGAGAACGCCAAGCUGUAUAUUCUUGUUGAGGGCGAGACGGAACUGGCCGUGACGAACGCCAUGCGGGAGUUGAUGCGGUUGCUCAAGGAGGGCACGAUAGCCGCAGCGGACAGCGAUGCCAGGGCGCCGGUGGGAGGACGAUAUAAUGUUGUUUGA